UGGUAAACCAGUAAACCUUUCUCACGUCCCUUUCUCUCUCUCUCUCUCCCCCUUCUCGCUCAAGCUUUUCAGUUGCUUCUCAUACUUUUACUACUUUCCAUCUAUCUUUCUCAGCAAUCCAUCCAUUGUUUCCUUAUCCAUACACGCACACAAACACGCCAAAACGAAUCAGUAUAGCGAUCGGAAUUCAGUUUCUAUUCAUCUGGAAUCGAACGUUGAUGAUUUCAGCUACUUCCAGGUAGGUUAGAGCGAGCUGAAGCUUUUGUGGAUUAGAAUCUGGAGAAACAAUGGCUUCCAAUCGAAGAGGGUCCAAUCAGCCGCCAGGUGGCAGGCUGCUGCGGACUCAAACAGCUGGUAAUUUGGGCGCGGAGUCGAUGAUGGAUAGUGAAGUGGUGCCUUCAUCUCUUGUUACAAUUGCACCUAUUCUUCGUGUUGCUAAUGAAGUUGAACCCAGCAACCCAAGGGUUGCCUAUCUUUGUCGAUUCUAUGCCUUUGAGAAAGCACAUAGACUAGAUCCAACAUCAAGUGGUCGUGGUGUUCGUCAGUUCAAAACCGCCCUACUUCAACGCUUAGAAAGGGAAGAUGAAACAACAUUAGCGGGACGGACAAAGAGUGAUGCUCGUGAGAUGCAGAGCUUUUAUCGACAUUAUUAUGGAAAAUACAUUCAAGCCUUACAAAAUGCUGAUAAAGCUGACCGUACACGUCUUACAAAAGCUUAUCAAACAGCUGCUGUUCUGUUUGAGGUAUUAAAGGCUGUCAAUCUCCAUGAAGCUGUUGAGGUGGCAGAUGAGGAUGUGGAAGUACACAAGAAGGUUGCUGAGAAAACAGAAAUGUAUGCUCCGUACAAUAUACUUCCACUUGAUCCUGACAGUUCAAAUCAAGCAGUUAUGAGAUAUCCAGAGAUACAAGCUUCUGUCUCUGCUCUUCGUAAUACCAGAGGUCUGCCAUGGCCAAAAGGCUACAAUAGGAAAGUGGAUGAAGACAUUUUGGAUUGGCUACAACAUAUGUUUGGUUUUCAGAAAGAUAAUGUCUCGAAUCAAAGGGAGCACUUGAUCUUGUUAUUGGCAAAUGUCCAUAUUCGAAAAUUCACAAAGCCUGGCGAACAACCUAAGUUGGAUGAUGUUGCUGUUGAUGAAGUUAUGAAUAAAAUGUUUAGAAAUUAUCAGAAGUGGUGUGAAUAUUUAGGUCGCAAGCAUAGUCUUUGGUUCCCAAAUAUCCAAAAAGAAGUGCAACAAAGGAAACUUCUAUACAUGGGUUUAUAUCUUCUCAUAUGGGGUGAAGCUGCAAACUUGAGAUUUAUGCCAGAGUGUCUUUGCUACAUCUACCACCAUAUGGCAUUUGAACUUUACGGUAUGCUGGCUGGUAGUGUGAGUUCGGUGACUGGAGAGAAUGUUAAGCCUGCUUAUGGGGGUGAAAAGGAGGCUUUCUUGAAGAAAGUCGUGACUCCUAUCUACGAUACAAUUGCAAAGGAAGCUGAAAAAAGCAGAGGAGGAAAGACAAAACAUUCUCAAUGGAGAAAUUAUGAUGAUCUAAAUGAGUACUUCUGGUCAGUUGAUUGUUUCCGUCUAGGGUGGCCAAUGCGUGCUGAUGCUGAUUUCUUUCAUGUGUCUCAAGAAGCUAGGGAUAAUGAUAUAGAAAAACCUGCAAGCAGGGGUCGUUGGAUAGGGAAGAUUAAUUUUGUUGAAAUAGAUUCAUAUUGGCAUAUAUUUAGGAGCUUUGAUAGGAUGUGGAGCUUUUUCAUCUUAUGUUUACAGGCAAUGAUUAUCAUAGCAUGGAAUGGGUCUGGUAAUCUAAGUUCCAUCUUUGAUGCAAAAGUGUUCAAGAGAGUAAUGAGCAUCUUCAUCACGGCAGCAAUUUUGAAACUUGCACAAGCUGUGAUUGAUCUUGUGAUGAUGUGGAAAGCAAGGUUUAGCAUGUCAUUUCAUGUCAAACUUCGAUACAUUUUGAAGGUUGUUUCAGCAGCAGUUUGGGUUAUAGUUUUACCAGUGACAUAUUCUUAUAGUUUGGAUAAUCCUUCUGGAUUUGGAGAAACCAUGAAAAGCUGGUUUGGUAGUGGAGCAAGUUCCCCAUCUUUAUUCGUUUUGGCAAUUGUUAUUUAUUUGUCUCCAAACAUGCUUUCUGCAUUGUUGUUUCUCUUACCGUUUGUCCGUCGGUAUUUGGAGAGAUCGGAUUACAGACUCGUGAGGUUCAUCAUGUGGUGGUCACAGCUUCCGCUUUACGUUGGGAGGGGAAUGCAUGAAGACCCUCUUUCCCUAAUUAAGUACACAUUCUUCUGGGUUAUCCUCAUAGUAGCAAAGCUGGCUUUCAGUUACUACUUAGAGAUAAAGCCUCUAGUGGGUCCUACAAAAGCAAUAAUGCGAGUUCACAUUAACCGUUACCAAUGGCAUGAGUUCUUCCCCCAAGCUAAAAACAAUCUUGGCGUUGUCCUUGCACUCUGGGCUCCUAUUAUUCUUGUGUAUUUCAUGGACACUCAAAUUUGGUAUGCCAUUUUUUCCACAAUAUUUGGUGGCUUCUAUGGUGCAUUUCGCCGUCUUGGAGAGAUACGAACCUUGGAAAUGUUGAGAAGCCGAUUCGAGCAACUGCCAGUUGCAUUCAAUGAUUGCUUAAUUCCAGAAGUAAGAAGUGAAAGGACUAGAAAGGGCCUCAAGGCCACUCUAUCAAGUAGAUUCACAAAUAAGGCCACAUCUAAAAAAGAGGAUGCAGCAAGGUUUGCUCAGACAUGGAAUAAAAUAAUCACAAGUUUCAGGGAGGAAGAUAUAAUAAAUAAUAGGGAAAUGGACCUGUUACUCAUGCCAUACCGGGCAGAUAUGCAGUUGAAUCUUAUUCAGUGGCCUCCAUUUUUGCUUGCUAGCAAGCUUCCUAUAGCAUUAGAUAUGGCAAAGGAUAGUAAUGGAAGAGAUUCUGAACUGCAAAAGAGGCUGAAUUCAGACACUUAUAUGGUCUAUGCGGUCCGCGAAUGCUAUGCUUCAUGCAGAAAUAUUAUGAAUGAUCUAGUUUUGGGGGAUCGAGAGAAGGCUGUUUUGAACGAGAUAUUUGAGAUAGUGGACAAGCACAUAGAUGAGGGAUCAGUGUUAAGCCCGACGAUCGGGCUUGAUAUGAGCGAACUGCCUAGCCUCACUGUUCAGUUUGUUAAACUUAUUGAGUACUUGAUAAAAAAUGAUAAAGAUGACAAGGAUGAAGUUGUAAUUGUGUUACUUAACAUGUUGGAGGUGGUGACGAGAGACAUAAUAGUAAACGAGUCAAUUUCUAGUUUGAUGGAAUCAACUCAUGGUGGUGCUUAUGGAAAUGACGAAGGACCACAAGAUAAACGCUAUCAGAAAUUCUUUGCAGCUCUUAAUUUUCCAGUUACACAAAAUGCAGAAGCAUGGAAAGAGAAAAUAACAAGGCUACAUCUUUUGCUGACUGAAAAAGAAUCUGCUAUGGAUGUGCCAUCAAACAUAGAAGCCAGAAGGCGUAUUUCUUUCUUUUCAAAUUCACUGUUUAUGGACAUGCCUGCAGCACCCAAAGUUCGAAACAUGAUAUCUUUCUCGGUUCUUACACCUUACUUCAAUGAGGAUGUUCUUUUCUCUAUGGAUGCCUUGGAAAAGCCAAAUGAAGAUGGGGUUUCCAUCCUCUUUUACUUGCAAAAAAUUUUCCCAGACGAAUGGGAUAAUUUCCUUGAACGAGUGGGCUACAAAAAUGAAGAUGAACUGAAAGAUCAUCCAGAUAUGGCGGAUCAUCUUCGACAUUGGGCAUCAUAUAGAGGUCAAACGCUAACUAAAACCGUACGCGGUAUGAUGUAUUAUCGCCAAGCAUUGGAACUUCAAGCUUUCCUUGACAUGGCAAAAGAUGAUGAGUUGAUGAAAGGUUAUAAGGCUGCUUCAUCUAAUACUGAAGAAUAUUUAAGCAACGAACGAUCGUUAAUGACACAGUGUCAAGCAGUGGUGGAUAUGAAGUUUUCGUAUGUUGUAUCUUGCCAACAAUAUGGCAUCCAAAAACGAGCAGCAGAUUCGCGUGCCCAUGAUAUUUUAAGGCUCAUGACAACGUACCCUUCUCUUCGUGUUGCCUAUAUUGAUGAGGUUGAAGAAACUAGUGAUGAAAAACUGAAAAAAGUGGUUGACAAGGUUUCUUAUUAUUCAGUUCUUGUGAAAGCUGUACCAAAGUCCGGUGACUCUUCUGAUCUAGUUCAAAACCAAGAUCAGGUUAUAUAUCGUAUAAAACUUCCCGGGCCUGCCAUAUUGGGUGAGGGAAAGCCAGAAAACCAAAACCAUGCAAUAAUUUUUACACGCGGCGAGGGCCUGCAAACAAUAGAUAUGAACCAGGAUAACUACAUGGAAGAAGCAUUUAAAAUGAGGAACCUGCUUCAAGAGUUUCUUGUCACACAUGGCGUGCGGACCCCAACCAUUCUUGGGCUUAGGGAGCAUAUAUUCACUGGCAGUGUUUCUUCUCUUGCAUGGUUCAUGUCAAAUCAAGAGACAAGUUUUGUAACUAUUGGGCAAAGACUGUUGGCCAACCCGUUAAAAGUGAGAUUUCAUUACGGGCAUCCAGAUGUGUUUGAAAGACUGUUUCACUUGACCAGAGGAGGUGUGAGCAAGGCUUCUAGAAUUGUUAACCUAAGUGAGGAUAUAUUUGCAGGUUUCAAUUCUACAUUACGUGGAGGAAAUGUUACUCAUCAUGAAUACAUACAAGUUGGUAAAGGGAGAGAUGUUGGUCUCAACCAAAUCUCAUUAUUCGAGGCAAAAAUAGCCAACGGAAACGGGGAACAAACAAUGAGCCGUGACAUAUAUAGGCUUGGACACCGUUUUGAUUUCUUUCGCAUGCUCUCUUGCUAUUUCACGACCGUUGGAUUCUAUUUCAAUACACUUCUCACUGUGCUUAUCGUAUAUGUCUUUCUCUACGGCCGCCUUUAUCUUGUUCUCAGUGGACUGGAGAGAGAACUAACGACAAACAGGGCAGUUAUUAACGAUAAACCCCUUCAAGUAGCUCUUGCUUCUCAGUCUUUUUUCCAAAUCGGCUUUCUGAUGGCACUACCAAUGAUGAUGGAAAUCGGUCUUGAAAGAGGCUUUCAUAAAGCGUUUACCGAUUUUGUUCUCAUGCAACUGCAAUUAGCUUCUGUAUUUUUCACCUUUUCACUUGGAACAAAAACCCAUUAUUACGGACGAACUUUACUUCACGGUGGUGCACAGUACCGACCUACAGGCCGUGGAUUUGUCGUGUUUCACGCUAAGUUUGCCGAAAAUUACAGACUCUACUCUCGAAGCCACUUUGUCAAGGGCCUGGAGCUUUUGAUAUUACUUGUUGUCUAUGAAGUUUUCGGUCAAUCUUAUAGAGGUUCAAUCGCAUACAUAUUGAUUACAGUGUCAAUGUGGUUUAUGGUGGGAUCAUGGCUUUUUGCUCCCUUUCUUUUUAAUCCCUCGGGAUUUGAGUGGCAAAAGAUUGUUGAUGACUGGACAGAUUGGAGUAAGUGGAUAAGCAACCGUGGUGGAAUCGGUGUUUCGGUUGAUAAAAGUUGGGAAUCAUGGUGGGAAAAAGAACAAGAACAUCUUAUAUCUUCUGGGGUACGCGGUAGGAUCACGGAGAUGGUUUUGGCGCUUCGGUUCUUUAUAUAUCAGUUUGGGCUUGUGUAUCACCUCAGCUUAACCGAGAGCAAAAGUUUUCUGGUUUAUGGAAUUUCAUGGCUUGUGAUCAUUGGAGCACUUGUUGUAAUGAAGAGCAUGUCAUAUUGGAGAAAAACACUUAGUGCUGAUUAUCAGCUUCUAUUUAGAUUGAUCAACGGUUUUAUUGUGGUCGCAUUUGCCUCAACUCUAAUUAUCUUGAUUGCACUACCUCAUAUGACACUGAAGGAUAUAAUUAUAUGCAUCCUCGCAUUCCUGCCUACCGGCUGGGGACUACUUCUGAUUGCACAAGCUUUGAAGCCAGUCCUGAGACAUUCUGGAAUGUGGUCAUCAAUCAGAAGCUUAGCACAAUACUAUGAAAUAAUCAUGGGCUUGCUUCUGUUCACCCCGGUUGCAUUUCUUGCUUGGUUCCCAUUUGUUUCAGAAUUCCAAACGCGUAUGUUGUUCAACCAAGCCUUCAGCAGAGGUCUGCAAAUUUCGCGUAUUCUUGGUGGUGGUCAAAAGAAAGACAAAUCUUCCAACAGUAAAGAGUGAUCUUCCAUCACGGCCACGCUUGAUUGUUUUGCUGUCAUGUGUAAGUAAAAUACAUAGGAUACAUGUGCGAAUUAUAUGUAAAUGAUGCAUGUUUAUUCAUAGCAAGCUUAAAACUCUUGUUUUAUUGUCUUUUGAGCCCAGUCGAAUAUAUAUGUAAAUAUGCAGAAGCACAAUCAGUGUAAAUCACAGCAGAUAAAAGAAUUAUUGGCUGUUGCCAUAGUUGAACGUUCCUGCAACGUUAAUGAUUAAAAAUGUAUUGUUUUGAUCUAA